CGUCUGUCGGCAGUUAGUCGCGGCACUUCGAUCGUGAAACGCGUGUCUCCGCUUCGUUCCUAAUUUCUCGUCAGCCACAGUGUCGUUAAACAUCCCUCGUCGUCAACCCUGCGGUUAACGCUGCUCAAGCUAUUUUUAUUUUUUAUUCCUUGUAUCAAGGUCUCGAGUGUUGAUCGUGUUCGACUAAACAAUUUGGAGCAUCGAAAAACUGUGCAACAGGUUUAUUUCCAGUUGUUUCGCAUCUUGUUGUAUUUAUUCGUGCUUUCUGGAGAAUUGGUUGGAAGUUUUUUCGGGGCGGGGCAGGGAGAAAUUAUUUAUUUUGUUCGUAAAAUCGACCAAAGUUUUUCGAAGAAAGUGAAUUUCUAUCGCGCGAUCGACUGUGCGGAAUUUCGUCGAUUCUUUUUGGCGAAGACGAAUUGUUUUUGAGGGAAGAUUACCACGAAGAUUCUCGAGUUGUCAAGCUCUGCAUUGAAUAUAGCGAUCCAAGAUCCUGGAAUUACAUUCUAAUCGAGAGUCUAAAAUCCUGACAGCUUAUCGUUUUACAAGUUUAACGAGAUUUUUACUAGCAUUACGCUGAAAUAAACAUCGAACCAAAAGUUUGAGCAAGAGAGAGAUACUUGGAUCAAAUUUUCGGUCGAAUUAUUCGGAAAAUAAAAUUCGAACCGAGGAAUCUAAAAUUCCGAAGCUGCAAUACCGUCCCGAUAUUUAGAAUUCUUGGAAGCUAAAUCUCUAGAAAUUUCCUCGCAGAAUAAAGAUCUGUCGAAUCUGGAAAACUCGAAAGAAUCUUCAAAGAAAUCUGGAACUCUGCAAUUUUUGGCACACGAAAAUUAGAAACUAAACGUUUGAGAAGAAAAUUUUUAGACGAGCGGACAAUUCGCGGGCUGCGGCCGAAACCCUGGUUUUUACAAGUUGGCGAAAUUUCACAGAGUUUUGAAACGGAGGAAGAACGUAUUGGAAGGCGAGGGGAAAAAGUUGGAAGAAUUCGAAGGAGAAUUGGAAGAAACGGUUAGGAAAAAAGAAAAAUCGGCGAGGUUGUCUCGAAGGCCAGCUACCUGGCACAGAUAAUCGGAGGAGAAGAAAGUUUCGUCUGGGUGCUGUAUCCGGUUAAAGACGUCGCCCACCUUCUUCGAUCGUGUGCUCAUCUUCGAUCAAUCUCGUAAUUCCUCUUUCAUCGUUCGGUUUCUUUCCUCGUGGGGAAUUUCUGUGAAAGGAGAAAAAAGAGGAAAGCGAAGAGAGAGGUUUGGAAGCAGGAAUGCCGGCCUGUUAAUGAUCUUCGCGCGCUUCUUCGCCGUGGAAACGGAAGGAAUGAGAGGCACCGCGGGUGAAGUUCCACGGUGCCGAUUGAAUGGAGCUACUUCCAAGUGGUUUUGACCGUUUCUCGUGUUGGAUGACUCGUCUCUCUCUCACGCAACACGAUUGGACGUCCGCGUGAGUGGAGCCGGGGCCACAGAGCCAGCGUGUCCCAAUCGAUACGCAGCUAGUCGAUCAGCAUGAAGUGGCAGAACUGUGGCGGCGUAGGGUCCAGGUGCGUCAGACGCGCUCUGUUGUUCGUGUUCGUCUGGGGCCUGGUGAUGAUCGCGGCGGUGCAAUUCCGUCAUGUGGAGAACAGCCUCAGAGAGACACCAACGGCCGAAGAGUCCGCUAACGACCUUCUCCUCGACGACAUCUAUCGUCGACGCGAGAUAAUGAAGAACCGUGGCUCUUCCAGUCUCGGUCUCUCCAGAUAUCUCUUGCAGAGAUCCUCGGCAGACUCCAGUUUUUCGAAUUCCGGUGGUUCCAGCCUCUUAACCACUUUGACCACCAUAUCCAACAAUCCAACGAAAAAUCCUUCGGAGUUGGAGCCACUGUUGGAUAAAAGACCAGCGAAAACAGAGGAAGAGUUGAUCGAGGAAAUAGAACAGAGGAUACCUAGUCUGCCUUUAGCUUACUGGAACAAGAACAGCAAAUAUCCUGCUGGUCAGAGCAAGACUAAAGGCAAUUACAGCUGUUCCAAUCUGAAAUAUCCGUCUAUCUACGAUAUAGAGUUCAAUAACGUUUACUGGCAAACGAUGCGAACCGGUAACGGCACGUUUCAAUUGUUUGGUGCUUAUUACGACCGUAGAAAGCUGUCGAGAAUAGGGCCAGCCGUUAGGAUCGUUGGGAUGAUCGAUAGAAUCGAGCCUACUGUAAAGACUCACUGUCAAUUUUGGUACGAUGGGGAAAGAGAUCCUGUCAUUGUCGAGACCAUGGAAUAUAAAUAUAUCUGGUACCCUAAAUGGGGUAACUACAAACAGGGAAUCUAUCAGCCGUACGUAAUUGCCUGCAAGAUUCCCCAGUCUCAUUGGUCGAAGGGACCUCCGGCUUCAGUUUCUAUGGUAGAAAAGAGCUGCGACACUCCCAGCAAUAAUCUUAGAGUCAUAUACAAUAAGCCAGAACGUAAAAAAGAUUUUGCCGUCUGCGUGAAAGGUCUAGAUUUCCUUCACGAGGAUUUGUCUGUCAGACUGGUCGAAUGGAUCGAGUUGAUCAGCCUGUUAGGCGCAGACAAGAUCUUCUUCUAUCAGCUCCAGGUUCAUCCUAACGUGACAAAGAUUCUAGAUCAUUAUCAGAAAUUAGGAAUGGUCCAUGUGACCCCGCUGACGUUACCUGGUGGGCAACCUAACGUUCCUGCUUUUCAACACAUGUAUCUGACAAAGAAGACCAAUCAUAAGAGACAGAACGAACUGAUUCCUUAUAACGACUGUUUGUACAAGCAUAUGUACGAGUACGAAUAUAUCGCUUUAUUGGACGUGGACGAAGUGAUCAUGCCAGUGAAAGACGCUACGUGGCAGGAUUUGAUGAAGAGGGUGCUGCAGAAAGCGUUAAAGAUUAGAAACGAGACUAGGGCUUCGUAUAACGUGAGGAACGUGUAUUUCCUCGACGAUUUGCUGCACUCGCACGGGUACUUUAAGGAAAUGCCAAAGUACAUGCAUAUGUUGCAACACGUCUAUCGUUCGCAAAACUUCACGAAACCUAAUCAGUACAUCAAGUGCUUCCACAAUCCGGAGAGGGUGGUGACCUUGCACAAUCACUUCCCUUUGGCCUGUUUGGGCGCCGGUUGCACCAGUUACCCCAUAGAGACCGAGGAUGCUCAACUUCAGCAUUACAGAGCCGAUUGCGUGAAAUCGUUGAAGAAGACUUGCGUCCAAUAUCGCGAGAACAGCGUGUUAGACACUACGAUAUGGCGAUACAAGGACCAAUUAAUCGAAAGAGUCACCAGGACGUUGGAAACCCUUGGUUUCUUUGGACCGAGCUAGCGAGAAUCAGACUUUCCGAGUUUCUAUUUCGUGCGCUAUCGACGACGAAGCUUGAAACCGUUUAGAAUCGUUUCCUCCGUUCGUCUCGUUUCUCCUUCUAUCGAUUUCCUUUAAAACGGUCCAAUGUGCGAAAAGUUUGCUACUCGAACGGUCGCCAGGAACGCGUUUGCUUCGAUUAACAAAGAAUUUUUAUCGACUCCGGUGUUUAACUAUACAAAUUUUUUCCUAUAAAACUUUCCAUUCGGAUCAAAUAUUUGUUGCGUUACGAUGGUUUGCUUGAAAUAUUUGUUGAAACCAAAGUACGACGAUGCCUUGAAAUAUUAACGAGCACCGUACGAUAUUCCAGUUUCGUGUUUCUAUAAAUACUUUAAACAAAUUAUUUCGUUAAUAAUUUAAAAAUCACUUGUUUGUCUCUUAUAGAGGUAUCGCGUAUUUUCUUAUUGUUAUCGAUUCUUCGCAAUUGGACAGAAACUCGAUGCGCUUAGAUAAGAAAAGAAUCGGUGGUUAUGACAACGAAGCGUCGUGAUUCACCGAGACACGUUCGAGGAAGAAAAGGCUGUGUAAAUCGGACAGAACGUACGGCGACGAUUAGAAUAAUCUAUAGGAUAAGGAUAAGAAUAGCGUUAAUGAUUUUUCAAUUUGUGCCACUGGACGAAAUGUAAACUCGAUUGGCGGAAUCGUAGAUUGGAAACAUGACUUCUUUGCUCAACGUCCUUCGAGAUAGCCACGAAUUAUUUGCUUCUCGAUCAACUAUGCUGUCACGUGUGUGAUACGCUCUUUACGAAAUCGAAUAUCGUCAAACGAACGCGAUCGAAAGACUGGCAACUAAUUACAGUUGCACUUGAAAUUCGAACCGAGGGAAACCUGUUUCGUCGUGUAACGCGAAAUAUUUUAUUUCUAAUAAUCGUAUCAUUCGAUACAUCGAAUUUUAUCAACUAGAGAAAUUCCAAUUUUUAACAAUUUGUGCAAUGUAUCGCGUACCAUUAAAUUAUAUAAUUCAAGUAUGUGGAAAUAUUUGGAUAUUAAAUUGAAACGAAAGAAUUCGAAUACCUUCCGAAUUUGAAAAUUCCGAACCUUAAAGAGAUAGAGAUUUUGGCUAUUUUUUAAUAUCCGAAUAUUCGCAGAAAUACAUUAGAACGAAUUAGUCGAUUUCUUAAAUUAGCGAACGCCAAGCGAAUGUUUGAUUAGGCGAAUGUUUCGAGUAAUUUGAAAAGUCAAAUAGCAUUCGACUUACUCGAAAAACUCGAGAAUCGAAGAGACGAGAUUGUCGCAUUAAAGGGAACGUUGGCUAUGUCGUAUAUUUCGAAUUUGAAAGAGAAGAAUCAAAGAAACAAACGAUCGAAAACGAGAACUAUAAAUAGGAAAUCUGUAAUAUAUUUCGAAAUUCGCAACACGACAACGUAAUCUGGAUACGAAACGAGUUUAAAUUUAUUCAUUUCAACGAUGAAAAUCGACGAAGCUUCGUUGUAUUUUUAAUCGUACCGUAUUCUAGCCAUUUAUCGUUCUCUAUCGAACGAUUCUCUAUCGAGCGCUCUUUGUAUCGAUCGAUUGAAUUUACAUAAAUAUAUCGCGUUGUAGGUGAAAGAGAUUAUAGCGAGACGAUAUAGUUGAUUAUAUAUUAAUAUUUAUAGGUUUCAAGAUUCGAAACGUUAAUUUCGAUUAGAUAAAGAUAGAUACGAGAAAGCCGAAAUUUUGAGCGUCCAUUCAAAAUUGAAGUACGAAGAGUAAAAGCGAAUUGAUUUCAAACGCCACAAAUUGAAUAAUUCGUCGUUUAAAAUAGAUGCGAGCAUCGAAUACUCGGCGCAACUAAUCCUAUCUGAAAAUUAAUUUUUCCACUUUUGCAUAAUUAAUACAGCUUAUUGGAGAUGUAUAUAGAGCCGAUAAACCUAUUCAGUCCACUUUUGUUCUCGAUGUUUCGAUCGUUUCUUUCCUUUUUUUAACGCUCCAUAAUAUAGAAAAAAUGAUGUAUGGUAUAAAAUGUGAAAAGCAGAUUUUAGAAACAUGGUUGAUGUAUCGCUUUAAGAAUGACUUUUACAAUUUGAUAUCUACUCUUGGUUACGAUCUUCUUUUCGAUUAAUCAAAGUAGAUAUCAACGAAUUAAGGUUAAAGAUUUAGUUUAUAAUCGUACUAUAUCUCUUCCACCAAGCCCAUGUUAGUAUUAAUUAGAUUAUUAUCUUGCGCGAAAACUAGGACCCGCAGUAUCGGUUUCUCUUUGUCAUUUUUUCCUCUUCUUUCUCUCGAUUUGCUCGCGCGGAACGGAAAUCCUCCGCGAAGAUGAGUCGAUUGCGAUGUUUGUGUCGAAGCGAUAACGGGAAGAAAGCUGAUUAUGGGUAUCGAUCGGCAAGUGAAACGAACGGUACUUCAUCGAUUAAAACAACAUCGAUCGCGUUCAUUCGGGACCAUCGUUUUCAAUUUAUUGUUCAGCAAUUCUAUGGAACGCUUUACGCAGAGUGUUUCAAAAUAGAUGAGUAAACUAGAAUAAAGAGAUGGAAUCGUCAAAUUCUUAUAUUUUAUUUAUAAAAGUUUUUCAACGAAUUGAGUAAAAAAAAAAAAAUAUAUAUUUU